AUGCUUCAAACUUGUGUAAGCCACCAUGAUAUAGAUUUUCCCUGUUCACUUAAUAUGAACCAUCUCAUGCCCAGAAUGAGUAGGCAGAUUCUCUUCCGUCUUCUCAUAGCAUGGGUGCUGCUUGUGGCUGCUCUACACCAUUUCCCCAACCAUAACAAGGUUCAAGCUAUUGAGUCAGCUCAUUUCAAACUCAAGCCAGCAAAACCAAGCUCAAGAUUGCACAAGGCAAACAUUUGGCCAUCCUGGGUUGGGGAGAAGAAAGUUCACAAAACUCCAUCUGGGCCCAAUCCAGUAGGCAAUCAAAACCCACCAACUAAGCAAUGAAUCAAUGGAUGCAGUUCUUCAGCACUAGUAGACAGAGAUCCACAGUACUCCCUUAAAGUAGG